CCGUCAACGCAACGAGAUGGUGCUUGCCGUUCAUACGCAUCGAGUGUACUGAUCAUACUUUGAACAUGUCCCAACGGCAAUAUGAUUGCGUCAUCACGAACGGUGUCCUUGUGACUGCGAACGAGGUUUUACCGAUUGGUCUUGAUAUUGGCAUCAAAGAUGGCAAAAUCGCUGCGCUUGGAUUCAGUCUUGCAACGGGGCAAACCGACACCAAGGUGAUAGAUGCCGAGGGUGGCUACAUCACUCCGGGUGGGAUAGACUCGCAUACACACAUCCAACAGGACAAUAUGCCUACCGGAGACACGUGGGAAAGUGCCUCUCGGAGUGCUAUUGCGGGUGGAACGACUACCGUGCUCGCUUUUGCUGGCCAGAAACGCCACGAAACCUCUGUGCUGGACGUCGUGCAGCAAUAUCAUGCAAAGGCGGACGGCCAAGUAUAUUGUGACUAUGGUUUUCACGUCGUUCUUACGAAUCCCACGCAGGAGAUUCUCCAGGAUCAGAUGCCAAAGUUGGUCAAUGAGCAAGGUAUCACGUCUGUCAAAUUGUACAUGACUUAUGAUCCGUACAAACUCGACGACGGGCAAUUACUCGAUGUCAUGUUAUGUUGCCGCAGCCUGGGGAUAACGACCAUGAUACAUGCGGAAAAUUCAGACAUGAUUGCUAUGGUGAUCAAACGCCUCGAAGCAAAAGGGAACACAGAUCCCUUCUUCCACUCCAUCGCAAGGCCGCGCCUCGCAGAGGACGAGGCGUCCUAUCGAGCCAUAUCGCUUGCCGAACUCGUCGAUGCUCCCAUUCUCCUGGUGCACAUGUCUUCUGAAUCGGCCGUUGAGCAUGUCCGGGCUGCUCAAGCGCGACUCCUACCAGUCCACGCGGAGACAUGUCCCCACUACCUGUUUCUUCUCUCCGAAGAGAUCAAGCAAUGCCACGAUGGUGAUCAUUCCCACGGCACCAAGUUCAUCUGCGCACCGCCUUUGCGCCAUCAUGCAUCAGAUCUUGAGGGCUUGUGGCGCGGUCUGGCCAACGGCGCAUUUACCGUAUGGUCUUCCGACCACGCUGCCACGAAGUAUGAUCACCCCCUGGGCAAGAAGGCGGGCAUCGUGGACGGUGUCGUGAAAUUCUCCAAAGUACCCAACGGGUUGCCAGGCCUCGAGACGAGGAUGGCGCUAUUAUUCAACCAGUCGGAAGGAUGUUUACCCCCCGAAAAAGCACGUAUCACUCUGCCACAGUUUGUGAAACUCACAGCCAGCAAUGCGGCCAAGUUGUACGGAAUGGAUCACAUCAAGGGAACUUUGAUGGUGGGAUUUGAUGCGGAUUUAGUCAUUUGGUACCCGCCCGGCGAUUCAAGAGGCAACGUCACCAUCAGCCAGGAUAAGCUUCAUCACGGCGUUGACUACACGCCUUUUGAAGGCAUCUCUGUUCAAAACUGGCCUAGAUAUACGAUCGUCAGAGGCAAGGUGGUGUGGCAGCAUGAUGGCGCAGGUAUAGUGGGAGACAAGGGCUUUGGACAAUUUUUGCGUCGCCACAAGGGAAAACUCGUGACGGGAAAGAAGGGCCUGCAAGGGAAAGGUAUGAUAGCAGGGGAGCGAGAUCUGUGGCUGUGA